GAUUAUGUUGAUACGGAGUUGCUCCUCUGUGGGGAAAAUGUGAACCAGAGCAAUUUGCUGUCCUAUGCCAGAGAAGCUGCUGACUUUGCAACCAAUUACCAGCUGCCUUCCUUGGAUUUUGCAAUUAAUCACUAUGGGCAACCAGAUGUAGCAAUGUUUGAUUUUACUUCCAUGUAUGCAUCUGAAAAUGCUGCACUAGUGAGAGAAAGGCACAGACAUCAGCUCCUGGUGGCACUUGUCGGAGAUAGUUUGCUUGAGCCCUUCUGGCCCAUGGGUACAGGCUGUGCAAGAGGCUUCUUAGCUGCUUUUGAUACUGCGUGGAUGGUGCGGAGCUGGGCUCAAGGAAAACCCCCGUUAGAAAUCCUUGCUGAACGAGAGAGCAUUUAUCGACUCUUGCCUCAGACUACCCCUGAAAAUAUUAACAAGAACUUUGACCAGUAUACCAUUGACCCAGGAACAAGAUACCCGAACUUGAACUCAAGCUGUGUUCGACCUCACCAGGUGAGACAAUUAUACGUUACUAAUGAGUUACAACAGUGUCCUCUUGAAAGAGUAAGCUCCAUUAGAAGAUCAGUGAAUCUCUCAAGACGUGAGUCAGAUAUUCGACCUAACAAGCUUUUGACCUGGUGUCAGAAACAGACAGAAGGGUACCGCAACGUCAAUGUCACAGACCUGACCAGCUCCUGGAAAAGUGGCCUUGCGUUGUGUGCGAUUAUCCAUCGCUUCAGACCUGACCUCAUUGACUUUGAUGCUCUGAACGAAGAGGACGUUGUCAAAAACAACCAGCUGGCAUUUGAUGUUGCAGAGCAGGAAUUUGGGAUUCCCCCUGUGACCACAGGGAAAGAGGAGCCCGACAAGCUCAGCAUGGUCAUGUACCUCUCCAAAUUUUAUGAACUGUUCAGGGGCACACCUCUGCAGGCAGUAGAUGCUGGCGACAAGCAAAAUGGAGAAAAUAAUGACCUUUGUUCAGCAAAAUCAUCAAACUUCAUCUUUAAUAAUUAUAUCAAUUUAACUUUACCAAGAAAACGAGUACCAAAGGUUGAAGGGAAAACAGAAGAAAAUGAAACUAACAAAAGACGUCGAAAAGGUCUUUUUGGUGUCUUUGAGGAGGCUUCAGACUUUUCAAGCCAAGGGAGCAGAGAAGGAAUAAACCAGAAUAAAGUGAAAUCAAUGGCAACUCAACUGUUGGCAAAGUUUGAAGAGAAUGCUCCAAGUAGAACUUUGCAGAGGCAGAAAAGAGCACAGACAAUAGCAAAUAGGGAAUUCCAUAAAAAGAACAUUAAAGAGAAGGCAGCACACUUUGCCUCAAUGUUUGGAUACAUGGAGUUUCCAAAGAAUAAGCUACCUACUAAAGGCUUAUCCCAUUCUCAGCCCCCAACACCCUCCUGUUCUCCACUUCAUGAUUCAGCUGCUGCCUCUUCUCCAUCAUCUGUCAGUUCAGCUUCCCCUGCUAGGAAAAUGACUGUAGGAAAGGUCUCACGUGCAAUUGGAGCUGUGGCUGAAGUUCUUGUCAAUCUCUAUGUGAAUGAUCACAGACCCAAGCCACAGCUUCCCCCCCUUGAACUGGGAUCUCUGCGAAAAGAAUUUCCUCAGUCUGUUGGUGGGAGUGACAUUUGUUUUUUCUGCAAAAAACGGGUAUAUGUUAUGGAGCGUCUGAGUGCAGAAGGCCACUUCUUUCACAGGGAGUGCUUCAAGUGUGAAAUAUGUUCUACAACACUCCGUCUAGGAAUUUAUGCCUUUGAUGUUGAAGAAGGUAAAUUUUACUGUAAACCUCAUUUUACACACUGCAAAAUCAGUACUAAACACAGAAAGAGAAGAGCAACAUUACAGAUCCGGGGAAAGGAGGCCACAGACACAUGGAGGAAAGAGGAACCCAAACCCACAGUGACCACCACAGAAAGCACUUUGUCUACUGCUAGCAGUCCAGAGGACAGGUCCCCAGGCCACCACUGGCCCACACCUGAUGAGCCCACCUCCCCGAAGAAGGUGAAGAGCAGCCCCAAGCACCAUGACUUGGAGAGCUGGUUCUCACCCCCUUCCCCCGAGUGGGCCGCCGUGAGGGUCAUCCCCGAAGAGGAGAUGGCUGAGCACAACCUUCUUGCUAUCCGAGUCAUGGUCACCAGUGAUGCAAGCAGGUUUCAGCUGGGAGAUGAGGCAAGGUCCAGUAAUAACCAUAUUGAACUGGCAAGUGAAGCCUGCCUCGUGGUUGGAGUGGGGUGCCCUGGAUUCGACCUCCCGCAAGUUCCCUACGACUUGCCUCUUAUUUCCAAAGAUUUGAGGGGAAAAAGCUCUGAGCUGGAGUCUGAUUUUAAUGGCGACUCGACAAACUCUGAAGUGAGCGAAGGACAGACACCGCUGCUGGAGCCCCUCACCUGCCCGAGCCCCAUCUGGAGGUGGGCAUCACUUGCCUUAAGCCCUGUGGUGCCAGAGGAAAGCCCCAAAACAUCCAAAGUUGCUGAUGCCGGCGCCGUGUACGCGCUGCCCCCUCCCGGCCCCGGACAGGGAUCGGGGCACCGCGGGGAGCCUGCUUACAAAACUCACUCCCCCUCCGCCUGA